GAACGCAAAUAUCGUACAUUCCGAAUUUAUAGCAUCGUCAUCGUGUUUCGUACGUAUAUUUCUGUAUUAUUCCGUAUUUGUACAUAUUGUACGGAAUGUAUAAAAAUUGGUUGGAAAAUGUCGCAAGUUAUACAAGUACGGAGAAUAUGAUUGGUACGAUGGACAACGAGAUGGACUCAAUAACGAUAGAGUCACGCAUAGAAUAUGAAAUACGGCGUAUCGUGUUAUUGAACGAUAACUGCAAGUUAUUAGGGUCGAUUGACGAGUAACUGGACGUAAGGAGCGCGUAAAAUAUCUCUCGACGUGUGCGUGUCGUGUACAAAGCCGUGUGUCUCUCCGACUUGGUUGUUACUCUCGCUCGAUUGGCGUUGCGACCUUACGUAUGUAAAUUAUUACCGCGCAAAUGCCGCUUGACAGAUUCGCUCUCGUAGUACGUAACACACUCGCGCGCACUCGACGAGUUGACACUCGUGCUUCGAUCGGGGACGGGCAGGAUUGUCAUCAGGAUUACUACUCAGGAUAAGCAAUUUUAACAUUCGCGAGAAGAAAAUGCAAAGUGGCAGUAACUUGAACCGGUUCAGCGACGAUGACUUGUUCAGUGAUGGACCGUGUCCGUCGUGCAGAUUGGCUAUCAACAAGGAAACCGGUAGACUCAAAUGGUGUACCGGCGGAAAUGAAGCGCGGCGUUUUCGAGUCAAACUGAUGCUCCUUAUACCCGCUGCGUUGCUGCCAAUUACUAUAGUAUUUAUCGCUUUGUCGCGAUUUCAAGGCACAACCACUAAAGCCUCGGACUCACGCGCUGUUUCCAUUUACAAGAUGCAGGAACAGAACAAAGAAAAGAUCGAGGAUGAGAUCUUUUGGCCUACCAGUCGCAACGACGUAGAACGUACAGCAGAAGAGACCGACGAAGAAGAGGACCGACUUUUGCUUCCCGAUAUGAAAACGAGUUACGUGCCUAUAGACAUGCAUCCUCCAUUUCGAUCGCAAUCGCCCCACCGCCGCAAAAGAGACAUCGACGGGGAGAAUCACACGAGGGAUGGUUUCGAAUUGGACGAUCAAGCAACGUUCUCGUCUCAACGUGCACACGCUCGUUUAACUAACGGCAAGUUGGUAGAUUCCCUUUCGAGGGAAGAAUCAAAUAGGCAAAAUGGUACGGCGGAAAGAUCCUUGUCGGCUUUAGAUAGCACGAGGCCGUACGUCGAUAGAAUCGAGGUGAAGAAUGGCGACACGAUCGUAAAUAAGAACGCGCGGGACAUGGAGGAAAAUGAUUUCUCAGGCUUAGGCGAUUACUAUCAGGAGGAAGAGAUUGUCGAUACUUAUGAGAGUAAUGGGACCAAGUGUGUCGAGAAACGAUCAAAGGAGGAACGGGAGGAAGGGGAGGAAAGGAAGGAAGACUCGUUCUCUAUUUUCAUCAAUGAAACGUGGUUGUCAGUGGCCGAUAGAGACGUUACGGCAAUCGUCAGGGACGAUGAAAUGCCUGAUCUUCGUACAUUCUGGAAAGGCAAAGGAAGCGCUAGGAGUAUCAGAGAGGCCCGAGCUCGAAUAAUGCUGAAAUACAUGGAUAAGAGCGUGGAUCCGUGUCAAGAUUUCUAUCAAUAUGCUUGCGGUAAUUGGGCGAAACGCAAUCCUAUUCCGAAAGACAAAGCCGGCUACGAUACUUUCGAGAUGCUGAGGGAAUCGCUGGAUUCUGUACUGAGAGAAUUGUUAGAGGAUCCGAUACCGCGCCGUGACGCUGCGGGUGAGAUAGACGGAGACGAUGCUACGAUAAAGGCGAAACAUCUGUUUCAGAGCUGUAUGAAUUACGAGAUCUUGGAGCAACGUAUGGAACAACCGCUCAUCCAGCUUCUGGAUCAACUUGGUGGUUGGCCGAUUCUAAGGCCAGACUGGAAUCCCAACAAAUUCGACUGGCUUCUCUUGACCGCGCAACUUCGAUUGUACAAUAAUGACGUAUUAAUCUCGGAAUGGGUGGGUCCAGAUAUUAAAAACAGCAACAAGUAUGUGAUACAGUUUGAUCAAACGUCGCUCGGGCUACCCACGAGAGAUUAUUUCCUUCAACCGUCUAACGCGAUUUACCUAGAGGCCUACAAGGAUUACUUGACGAGAAUCGCAAUCUUACUCGGUGCAUCCUCAAACGAUGCGACCGCUGAUGCCGAAGAGCUGAUUGAAUUUGAAAGGCAGCUCGCGUCGAUUACAUCGUCACCGGACGAAAGGCGAAAUUUUUCCGAGCUCUAUCAACGAAUGAGUAUAGGUGAACUGAGAGCACUAGUGCCGCAAAUCGAUUGGCGCCGUUAUUUGUCGAUCGUCUUGGCUCGACCGAUACAUUUUUCCGAGCCAGUUGUCGUCUUCGCAUUGCAAUACAUCCGAGAUUUGGUCGUUUUACUUUCAAAGACACCACCUAGAACAGUGGCGAAUUAUCUUUUAUGGAGAUUCGUGCGGCACAGAGUCAACAACUUGGACGAUCGUUUUCAGGAGGUAAAACAAAAGUUUUACUACAUUCUGUUCGGUAGAGAGCAAGCGCCGUCAAGAUGGAAAAACUGCGUAACUCAAGUUAAUUCUAACAUGGACAUGGCCGUCGGUUCGAUGUUUGUCAAAAAGUAUUUCGAUGAAAACAGUAAGAACGACAGGAUGAAUUUUGUUUUUCGACAGACAUUAUCGAUGACUCGAGAGAUACAGCGAUCCUUUAGAGAACUGCUAGAUAAAACCAGUUGGAUCGACGACGAAACGAAGCGCUUGGCGUCUGAAAAAGUAAACGCCAUGUCGCUGAGAAUUGGCUAUCCAGAUUUUAUUCUACAGUCACGUCUAUUAAACGAGCGUUACAAAGAUGUUGUGAUUCGACCAGACAAGUAUUUCGAGAACACUUUGAACAUCUUGCAACAUUUAACCAAAAUCGAACAAGCUCGCCUUGGCAAUGCCGUCAAUAAAACUUUGUGGAACACCGCUCCAGCGGUCGUUAAUGCUUACUACAGUCGCAACAAAAAUCAGAUAAUGUUUCCAGCGGGUAUAUUACAGCCCCCUUUUUAUCAUAGAUUUUUCCCACGAAGUUUAAAUUAUGGCGGGAUUGGUGUCGUGAUCGGACACGAGAUUACUCAUGGAUUUGACGAUAAAGGCAGAUUGUUCGACAAAGAUGGGAAUCUUCAUAGGUGGUGGAAAGACGAAGCGAUCAAUGGUUUUCAUCGGCGAGCGCAAUGUCUCAUUGAUCAAUACGCACGUUACACCGUCACGGAAGUUGGAAUGCAGAUUGACGGCGUUAAUACGCAAGGGGAAAAUAUUGCUGAUAAUGGCGGUAUUAAGCAGGCAUUUCGAGCGUACGAAAGAUGGCUACAUUCGAACGACAGGAAAGACGAGACUUUACCCGGAAUAAGUGCGACGGGCAAACAAUUAUUCUUCCUGAAUUUUGCUCAAGUGUGGUGCGGUUCGAUGCGUCCCGAAGCGACGAGAAAUAAACUGAAAACAGCUCUACAUUCGCCCGGUAGAUUUCGAGUGAUCGGCACACUUUCCAAUUCGAAAGACUUUGCUCAAGUGUUUAAUUGUCCUCCUGGUUCCCCCAUGAAUCCCGUGAGCAAAUGCUCGGUGUGGUAAAAUACGAACGUGCACGUGUAUACAAUAUAUACAGUUUGUAUGCAUAUCGUGUGAUUUAUCCCGACUACAGUAACUUAUUUGUUAUUGAACGUAGUUUGAUCUGAAGCUGAAGAAUACUUUUUAAGUUAAGACAGAUUCUCAGCAUUACCUAGAAACAUAAAAUAACAAGAAAAAAUACAUGGAUUUUUUUGUGUUUACUGGAUAGGCUUUGCGUAUCACUUGGUUAUAGAGACAUCUAGCAUCGAGAAGGGGAGAGGGAUGGAACAAAAUGUGAACUUGCGGACCUGUGCAUAAUUUUUUAUAGAACGUCUAGAGGUUCUUAAAAGAAACGUCAGUAAAUAUUGGAUCAUAAAAAAAUGUAGAUUAUUUUUAUCUAUAAUCUUGAUACUUUAAGCUAAUUUUAAUACAAAUUUAUCAAAUUUUGAAACUGUGCUUUAUCUAAAGUUAAUAAAUGAGAGCUUACUACACACGUGUGUGUGUGUCAAACUCGCGGUUAGAAGAUUAAAAUCAAGAUCGAUUAAUGUUCGAACAUUUGAAACAAUCUUUGAAAUUCUCUGCUUCAAUUAUAGAUGAGUAUACAAUGAUUCCUUGUGCAAGAUUCGCAUAUCACUUUACCAGGGAUAUUGUUGCUUUUCCGAUAUUUUUAUUUCUUUUUAUAACAACAAUUUGAUAAUGACAUUACAAUUUUUAAUGAUAACAUUAAUGUUGAGGAACAGUCAGCGUUAUCAUUACAGUUAUGAAAAUUGUAACGUCACUACCAAAACGUUAUUAUAAAAAAAA